AAUUUGGUAGACGUCUUUAAAACGUAAGGCAGUGCUUGUGAGUACUCUGAGGAACUUAAUGUAACGCAGGAGAGGAAUGAGUUCCUCAUUUCAUAAAACCAAUGUUUCAGAUGUGCAUCCCUGCUUUUUUGGAUGUUGGGAGAGGAGUCUUCAGGUUUCCAACAGAUGGGAUGCUUCUUGACUCUUGUUUAUCAUACUCUUAACUCCAUACCCACACUGCAAUCCAAAAGAUGAUCGCCCCGGGAACUGAAUAUUCAGUUUCUACUGACUACGCUCCUUGUGUAUACAUCAUUUUCUACUGACUACACUCAUUGUGUGUCACCUUUUCUUUGGUUACCUUGGGAUAUGCAUUAAGCUUUCAUGCUGUGAGAUUAUAGUGAAAGGAGUUGGAGCGGCUUUUGACCUUGGUGCAUAAAACUGGACAGCGAGUUUUGGGUUCAUGACUUCUCUAGGUAGAAUGUGAAGCUUCGAUGAAUGUCCGAGUUUGGUCUUGGCGUACUGAGGAGCUGGGUAAUUUGCGGGGAUAGAAUUUUCUGAUUAGAUUCAGAAAGCGAGUAUGAUGUUUUACUCACAGUACUUAUUGGACAAGAAAGGUCCCUUGGGAACCAUAUGGGUUGCUGCUCAUCUUGAGAAAAAACUUCAAAAAAAUCAGGUCACUGAAGCUAGUAUCAGUGCCGCUGUUGACACCAUAUUAUAUUCAAAAGUUCCUAUUGCUCUUAGGCUCUCAGGGCAACUCUUGCUUGGUGUAGUGAGGGUAUAUUCUAAGAAAGUAACCUACCUCUAUCAAGAUUGUGGUGAGACUUUACUUCGAGUUAAACGGGUAUUUCAUUCGGCUCACGUUGAUCUGCCAUCAGAUGCUAACAUGGCACCAUUUCAUGCAAUAACUUUACCCGAGACUUAUGAAUUUGACUAUAUGGAGUUUGAUGAUAUAGGAUAUGAAAGUACCAGAGAUUUAGAUACUCAUGUUAGCAGUCGUGAUGAAAUCACAUUACAUGAAAGGCCGCAAGAUUUUAAAGCUCGAACUUGGUUGCGACCUUUUGACCAGGUUCAUGGUACUAAGGUCACUCAUACAAUGUUCUCCUUAAAUGAGGGCAUCCAAAGGCAGAUACCUAACCUUCCUCUGCAUUCAUCAAACUGUGAGCUAACACCCUUGGAAGAAGACAGUGUUCUUCCACCCCUACCACUGGAUGGUCAUUUCGAUUUUGAUAAGAUGGACGUUGAGAUGUCAGAUUCAUUGCAUAGCAUUGGAUGUGCUUCACCUUCAUCCUCUAGUGUCUCUACGACGACAGUGCCGCUAUUUGAAAUUGCUGUGGAAGAUACUCAAACAAUCAUGAAGGAGCCAAUAGAACCAACAGACAUCUCAAACUGUGAAACACUUCGUGUUCAACAGGAUGCCCAUUGGUCAGAGCCACAUUUCAUGGGAACGGAGGAGCCUCCUACAAUUAAAGCAAUGUAUGACAUUGAUGACACUAGUAAAGGUCAAAGAACAGAAACAAAAAAAUAUUUUGCUGAAGAGAUCUCUGUUCCAGAAAAGGUAGUUGCAAGCACAGAAACGAGCCUGUCUACACCACCUACAACACCAAAAUCCAUAUCUGCGGACAAGGAGGUGCUGGCAUCUAUUCUAGGUGAUGUUUUACUAGAUAUGAAUGUAAUGUCAACUCCUAAAACUCCUGCUGCUGAAGAGAGGAGACCGCGAUCAAGGAAGAGAAAACAGAUCUUUGAUCAAUCGAUUGUUCUGCAGGAUGAGUGUAUGAGAAAACAAUUGGAAUAUACUGAUGACACACUUAGAGUUCGAAGAAAACUUCCUUGCACAGUUAUGGAUGUUUGGAAGUCAUAUAGAGUUCAUCAAAUAGAACAAUUGCUUUCAGAGCCUUCUAUUCCAGGUAUGUCUAAUGACCUUCAGGAGCUCUAUGAGAGAGUCUUCACUGACCAGGAAUCAAAGUAUUCAGUCUACAAACAGGGAGUAAAGAGGUCGUUCGAAAAUAUUCCUUCGCAAUUGGGAGGAACUUCCGAAGAAUUACAAGAGAAUGGGUCUGCAAAGGAUUUUUACAUGCCUGAAAUGAAAAACACUUGUGAUUCCCAUGAAGCUAUGCUGUGUGACACAUUGACAAAUUCUUCUAAGAUGGACAGACUUGAUGACCUGCAGAUGACAGGCACUGGAGAGCUGAGGCUAGAAACCGAGGGGGAAGUGUUGCCAUUAGAGACUGCUGUAGAUUCAGUUAUAAUUCAAUCAGAUUAUUCUGAAUCAAGCUCUGCUCCGGAUGUAGAUUCAAUCAACACUGCAGAAACUAUGUCCACUGGAGAUGCCCACUUUGUGGAGGUUUCUAUGUGUGAUAAAGAGCAUGAUCAAACAAUGACCAGUUAUGGCUUUGCUUUGCAAGGCCUAAGCUUUUUGGAAGAAGAUGCUAGAUCUGAGACAGGUUACAAUAUGUCCCCAAAACAGCAUGGUGUGGGGGAUUGUAGAAAAGGUCAUUCACAUGUUGAUACUAAUGAUAUGUCAACUAGGACAUGGGCUGUGGUACAGUAUCUGAAAACAGCAUUUGAAAAGUCAGUUUCUCAUCAAACAGGAUCGAAACUAAAUUUAGAUAGAAUUCUUAGAGGAAGAGCAAGGAAGGAAGUGGGAAGAAUGUUCUUUGAAAUACUGGCGUUGAACACCAAGAGCUACAUAGAAGUUGAACAGGAAGCAGCCUAUGCUGACAUUCUUGUAUCAGCAAAGCCCAAACUCUUCAUGGCUAAUUUUUACAGUUGAUACUCAAACUUGUGAUUCCAUAAGUGUAAAUAAUUCAAUAUGUGAAUUAUUGUAUUAUCAUUACUAUUUUUUCGAAAAAAGGCUGGCUGGCAGAUUCCUUUCUAUCGCCAUGUUCUUAAUGUGUAUUUAUUCCAUUUCUCUUAAAAUUCAGAAAGGGUGACAAUAGGUUUUGAUAAUAAUGUGUUUACUAUCCAAGCCACAAAUUAAUAAAGAUUCUAUGAUGUCUAUAAAGUUGGCAAUUUCGUUUCAUGACAUGACUCAAAUAUUGGGUACUUUUAUUGCUGUGCUCAUGUGCAUGUGAAAUAAAUAUAAAAGAUUAUCCAAUUGUUUAUCAAAGCCAGUUACAGGAUAACAGAAAACAUCAGCCUAGUGGUCUCAAAUCACAUAAAGAUUUUUUAGUUUUGGAAUUGCAAAGUUGCAAAAUAAAUAGCUGUAAGGAUUGACAUUAAAUUAACAUGACACCCUUGCUGUGUAAUCCUCACAGAAUUUCUACUCUGAAAGAUCAAUAUCAAGAUGGUUUGUUUGGUUUCU